UUUCCAGCGAGGGAAGGAGAGACUGAGGUGAGAGCCUCUCAACAAAAAAGUUGUCUCUCUCUCUCUCUCUCUCUCUCUCUCUCUCUAUGUGCUUCUCUGACCUUCAAGCAUUUUCAAGAGGGAAGGGGAGAGCCAAGCCAUAUUGAAAACCACCACCAAUCUCCGAAACUUGAAAAGGUUUUGCUGCUACAACUUGUGGGUUUACAAUGAAGAAGAUUUCUAAGAACAGCUGCAAGUCAGCAUCCCACAAGCUCUUUAAGGACAAGGCAAAGAACCGUGUUGAUGAUUUGCAGGUUAUAUUCAUGGAUCUGCAGUUUGCUAGGAAGGAGAGCCGUACAGUUGAUGCUGCAAUUCUUGAGGAGCAAGUCCAUCAGAUGCUUCGUGAAUGGAAAGCAGAGCUCAAUGAGCCCUCCCCUGCUACUUCUUUGCAGCAGGGUGGCAGUCUCGGGUCAUUUUCAACUGAUAUCUGCAGGCUGUUGCAGCUCUGUGAGGAGGAAGAUGAUGCUACCAGUCCAUUAGCUGUGCCUAAGCCUGAACCAAGUGAUCACAACCUGCAAACUGGGUGUAAUGUGAUAUUCCAAGAGGACCUAAAGCAACAUGAAUUCCCAUUGGUUGAUAAGCGUAAACACUCUACCUCAGGAGCUUGCUGUGUGGCAAAUAACUUUGAAGGAGCAACUUCAGAAUAUCAAUUUGAUCCAAAUCAGGAUUUUGACCGCAGCAUUUAUGCUACUUUUAAUGAUUCAGCUUUUUGCGAGGAGGAUACCAUUCCUGAUGUAUCUAGCUAUGUUCCAAGUUUCUGCCCUCCUCCUUCUGCUUUCUUAGGCCCAAAAUGUGCACUCUGGGACUGCCCAAGGCCUGCUCAAGGAUUGGAGUGUUGUCAAGACUAUUGCAGCAGCUUUCACGCUGCGCUAGCAUUGAAUGAGGGGCCACCAGGUAUGGUUCCAGUUCUACGACCUGGAGGAAUUGGUUUGAAGGAUAAUUUGCUUUUUGCUGCUCUUCGUGCAAAGGCACAAGGAAAAGAUGUUGGCAUCCCAGAAUGUGAAGGAGCAGCAACUGCUAAGUCUCCAUGGAAUGCACCUGAGCUUUUUGAUCUUAUUUUUCUUGAGGGUGAAACUAUUAGGGAGUGGCUCUUCUUUGACAAGCCACGAAGAGCAUUUGAAAGUGGAAACAGAAAGCAGAGGUCCUUGCCGGAUUAUACUGGACGUGGUUGGCAUGAAUCUAGGAAGCAAGUAAUGAGCGAAUUUGGUGGUCUGAAGAGAUCCUAUUAUAUGGACCCACAACCGCUGAACCAUUUUGAGUGGCACCUUUAUGAAUAUGAGAUGAACAAGUGUGAUGCAUGUGCAUUGUAUCGGUUGGAGCUGAAGCUUGUUGAUGGAAAGAAAAAUUCCAAGGUGAAGUUAACGAGUGAUUCAGUUGCUGAUCUGCAGAAGCGGAUGGGAAGGCUUUCUGCUGAGUUUCCACCUGAAAACAAACGGCAUGCCAAAAGCAGGGCCAAACUUAAUGCGAAGGUUGGCAUGAGUGGUGUAUAUUCUGCUUCUAACAGAGUUGCUCCACUUAAUGGAACAUCUGAGUUUGGAUUAGCUGCACCAUAUGACUAUCUUGUUGAGAACAUCAGCGACUAUUAUAUAACAUGAUUGUUCUCAGAGGGAUGUUGAACAGGCUGCAUUCAAUCCUGUUUCGCAUAAAAUUAUGGUGGGUCAUCAUUGUCUUUCCUCAUUGUUUUGCAUCUAUUUUCGCAUUUUAGUAACUAGCACCCGAGGUCACUAUUUGCCUUGGUUAGAUAUGUGAAUAGCUCAUUCUCACAGAAGUGCUGCAUUAGAGACUGCUGGACGUGGGAUUCUAACCUUGGAAGAUGAUCACAUAGAGUGAAAAUUGCUAUAUAGCAUUAUGAUUCGCAAUUUGGUGCAUACUAGCACCAUCAAAAUUGACCUAGUCUUCAGGCGAAAUAUUGUUAUGAUACGGCACCGAGUUUUCAUUUUCCAACAUUAUGCUGUUGUAAGUUACUCUUAUUUGCUUUUUAAAGGCAAAAGCUGCAGGACAGACUCUCAGGAGGUGGUACAUAAUAUUGGGUGUGUAAUAAAUGAUUUAGUUCCUUUUGAUUAA